AAACUUUACAUGAAGUUUACAGAAAGGGAAAUUCCCACUUUCCUGCUGUGCCUGCAUCUAUACAACAAGGCAGAAAGAGAUCGCUUGAUCAACAUGUACUACUGCUUACACUACAUUUGGACACUCUCUGUUUAAGCUGAAGAAGUUAGAUACUCUGCUUACGACAGGUGUCUACCAUGACGAUGCUACAAUCGUUUCCAAAACAUGAUGGGAAAUGGAUGGAUUACAACAUCCAGGAUGUUUUCACUGAGGACGGUCUGGGUUGUCUCUGGGGGGAGCUGGUGCAGGAUGGGGAAAUGGCGACAGCUGGUCUCAGUAACAAGGACAAGAGGGAGGAGGGUCGCCACUCCGUCACUGCUCGGAGGUCACAGUUCAACCACUUCCUGCAGGAGUGGACCUGGGGACAGGAGCCGACAGCUGAUCAUCUGACUGAAGCCAUACAAGCUCUAGCCACUGAGCAACAAGGCAUAUCCCAGAAAGCGGCCAAGACAACGCCCUCUCUGAGCCGGCUCCACCAUAGGCUGGUUGUCAUGGAGCGUUACAUUCUAGCGCUCUCUCGAAAGGGGGCUGUCCCUUGCGAGCCGAGUGAGGUUGUUGAAGCUGGCGAGGGUGUGGAGGAAGAAAAGGAAGAGAUAGAUGGCAGUGAGAAAGAGGAAGGAAUGAAACCACUUGAAAUCAAAAAGGAGCCUGUGAUUGAGAAAAAAACGAACAUGAUUGUGAAGACCCAUUCUGCCAGUGAACUAGCCACUGCUGGACUAGCCAAAGUCGGUGCCAGAACUGCCCUCUCUUUUGCAUUUGCAUUUCUCAAACGAGCCUGGCGGUCGGGCGAGGACAGUGACCUUUGCACCGAUGUGUUGCAAGAGGCCUCGGAGAUCCUGCAAGAGUUACCGGUAGCGUUGAUGUUUGAUAGCAACUCUAUAUCGCGGGUUUGGCUUGACGUUGUAGAGAGGACGAUGAAGUUUCUGUCUGGAGUGUGCAUUGGACUCAAGGCAGAAGAAGAGAAGGGAAUCCCCCUUGAAGACAGACAAGCUGCCCUUAGUCUCCUACUAGAGCUGUCCCUCCAACGUGGCACACUCAGUCACAUCUUAGACAGUGUCCUCUUACUACUACGCCUUUCAGGUGUCCCCGACAAUGCACGAAACAUUAACACAGCUGGAGAGGUCAAGGAAAAACAUCCAUCAGAUUCCGGGUCAACUAGACGACCUAUCGAAACCAGCUAUCCACUACUACCGUUCUUGAGAAGGCUUGAUCAAGUGCCCACCCCCCUACGUCCUGUGAGUGCCGAGGAGGGUACGAGUGAGGCACAAGCUCUGAGUCCAACCAAACGAUAUUUGGAGUUUCUGACCCUCCCAAAUGAUGACUCAACAAAGGUGGACCUACAGCAGGUGGCCACGGUAACACUGUCCCACUUGGACAGGAUUGCAGAGCCCUACUACAGCAUAGAUAUGAGCCCUGAGACCUCCUCUGAGGCACGUCCAGUGAAGGUAUUCCGUUGGGGCCAGGGGGUGGUCAAACAGGGUGGAGUAUUGCCAUCUAAGACUCUAGUGGAGCUGGGAGUGAGGGAGAUAGCCUGUGGUAGCAAGACCACCUUUGCACUCUCUCAGGCUAACAUUGUGUUCAGCCUGGAACUGAAUGGCGAGGGUGACUACACUCCCACGGUUGUGCCAUUUCCUGGUGAUGCUGAGAUUGUACAGCUGGUGAUUCAUCCCAGUGGACGUCACUGUCUAGCCCUCUCAGUGUCAGGGGAGGUCUACUCCUGGGGGGAGGGUGAGAACGGGCAGCUGGGACUGGGGGAUGCAGUCAAGAGUGCUAAGAGCCCUGUCCUGGUGGAGAGUCUGAGUGGGAAGGGUGUGGUCAGGGUGGCGACCGGAGGCAGCCACAGUGCAGCUGUCACCACGAGCGGUCAGCUGUUCACCUGGGGCAAGGGAAGCUACGGCAGGCUGGGUCACGGGAGCACUGAUGACAAGACUGUGCCCACUGAGGUGAAGGGGUUCAAUGGACGGAAGGUGGUGGAUGCAGCCUGCAGCAGUGGGGACGGACACACGGUUGCCGUGGACAACAAGGGUGGUGUGUGGAGUUGGGGGGAUGGUGACUAUGGGAAACUGGGUAGAGGAGGUAGCGACGGUUGCAAGAGCCCCAUCCUAAUCAAGCAGUUGAAGACUCCUAUAGUUAGGGUCUUCUGUGGCAGUCAGUUCACAGUGGCCCUCACUGCCGAUGGCAAGCUGUACACAUGGGGGUCGGGUGAGUCAGGUCACCUGGGCCAUGGAGAUGACAACCAUGUGAGAACUCCCAAACUAGUCUCUGCCCUUUCCAAGGAGAUGGUGAUACAUGUUGCUGUGGGAAACGAGCACACCCUAGCACUCACUGAGACUGGGGAACUGUAUGGAUGGGGGAGGAACACAGGUGGGGAGGUGGUCUCCAGCAGAGAGCCAGUGGCCACACCCACUGUCAUUGAGGGCGUGUCCAGUAUCACUUAUGUCAGCUGUGGACCUAGCGAGAGCUUCAUCUGCUGUAAGAAUAAGAGGGUGGCUCUUGGAACCAAACUGCCCUUCUGUCUUGACGUCUCUCUGGCUACAUUCGAGAAGAUCGACCUGCUCCUACGUGAAGUCUGUGAGUUCCUUGGCGAGAGAGGCGGGGCCUACCCCACCCCCCUCAAUCAAGACCACGAGUGUAUGGCCGUGGCCAUCCUAAAUCUCCUGCGACUUCAACUGUACGCUGCCAUCAGUGACGGUACGCCAGCGGAGGAGAUUGGACUCACCCCCGGCUCCCCCCUCUUGAGCUCUCUCAAGCAGUGUGUGGUGGAGCUGGCUAGAAAUGGUCGAGUGUUUGAGUCUGUACAGAGUGCGGCACAGGAGGUGCUCAAGACAGGGUGGGAUCUUCUCCUCCCCACUGUGUCCGAGAGGGCCGCCAUGCUCUCCAGCUUGCUACCCAGCGGAGAAGCCUUUGUACUGGGUGAGGAGUUGCCUGAUGGCAGUCAGUUCAUGACCAGUCUCCUAGUGGGCAGUCUAGUGGUGGGGCAGGGACUAGAGAAAGCUCUAUUGACGGCCAUUGCUCACGAGGUAGACGACCCGGCAGCCAUCUUGAAACCAGUCCUGGAAAGCCCAGUACCUCUCCUACAGCUAGUCCAGCAGCUACUGAGCAACUCCACAAGCCAACAGACAGCCUGUCUCAAAAAGGUUGAAGCCAUUGACUCGUGUGAUGGCACAGUGGAGUCUCCUAUGGACUGCUCCUCCAUGGAACUAUUGCAGCUGUUUCAGAGGCUCAUUGUCAGCAUUAUCUACUCCCACACUCUGCCAUUCAAGGAGGAAGAAGUGACUCUGGGUCAUGUGGAGGGAGCCGUCUCCAUUCUCAAGAAGUACAUUGCCAUGCUCCACAAGCAUGCCACUCUCGUACUCACCCUAGCAACACAAGUGGCCUCCAUCAGUCCCCUCCACUUCUCCUCAUCUCUUGCCGUGCUACAGUCUGGACCCUGUGGUCUUGUGAUACCCGAGCUAGCUGUGGGGAUGGUGCUACUCCUCUUGAGGGUCCCCCUACCAUUAAUGGAGAGCGAUUGCGUACCAUUGCUAGGGCAGCUAGUGGAGAUACUGGACGUCUUCAACCGAUUGGCUCCAGAGGCUCAGGAAGAGAAUACUGAGGACUUGGCCUGGGCUGAAAAGCCAGCUAUUAGUAACCAUGGCAACUCCCUCGUCUGUAAAGAGGAUAUGAACGCACACAACAAAGAUGGGGGAACAUGGGGGGUGGUCCACGGCAAGGUCUACAAUCUCCUCUCAUUCGCAACCAAGUUCCCCUGUGGCCGUGACAAGUUGCUGGCCUGUGUUGGGAAGGACGCCUCCAGUGAGUUUGACGCUGCAGGACACUCGGACUUUGCUCAUGAGCUCUUGGAGCAGUACCUCAUUGGCACGUACAGGGAAGCUGAGGACUCCCCUCCAGUGCCAGCAGGCAAGACGACCACAGCCCGAAUGCUCCUCAUAGACACAGAGCGCACACUAGCACUCACCCGGGGCCUCAGGGCAUGUCUCAUGGUGCAGAGCUUACCAGUACUACCACAAGAAGAGGAGAACGAAAAAUGGCUAUCUUUGGAAAUCUUCUCCAGCGGUUUUGAACUAUCUCCAAUAUCAACUGUUGAAGCUCAGAUUGUAAAUCGACCUGUGACAUCAGAAGUCCUCGCCAAAACCUACCAGAGACAAACGUCUAUAGCUUCCGACAGCAUACGCUCGUUCAUCUGUGGCCUUAUGAACUCUGACCUCCAAGACGAGAAAGUGAAUGCGUUCCUAUACAUCAUUCAUCGCUACUGUCGUCAGAAAAACCUCAUCAUAGCCCUUAGCGAUCAACAGCCAGACCAUCCUAUCGAGAUAUUCGGACGCCUCUUUAUCGCGUGUCUGAUCAAGCUCCACGAUUUAGUGCCUGUCGCUCUAAACGUUCUCGAGCAAGAAGGACGGCCCAACAACGAACAGCAAACUAUUGUUCAGCUGCCUACUUCACUGGCGGACAUUUGUAAGCUAGUGUAUGAUGCGAAGGUGUCCCUGGUGAAGGCUCAUCAAGAGUCUUCUUGCUCCUAUGAGGAUGUGUGUAAGGAGCCCAUUGCCAGGUGCUGCUUUGUCGUGGAGAACAUUCGAACACCCAUGGUGAAUGUGGUCAACAUUCUACACAAGAACAGGAUUCAGGGUGUUCGCUCGAGGUGGAGGUGGUGUACUCAACGUGUGCUGGAGUGGCGACGAAUCAGCAGUCAGUCUGAGAAGACGUCCCUGGGCUCCCCCCAACUCAUGGAGGGCGUGACUGACACACUUAUGGAACGAGCUCUGCGACAGCACUCGAUAGAGGCAGGGCAGAUGAAGGAGGGCUCCCAAUGGAAUGAGAUGAGCAAUGAGAUAGCAAGCAGUCGGAAGUUCAAGUGGUUGCGUGAGCGUAAAGGAGGCUCCUCCCCUCACACCACCCUCCUCACUCAAAUCAAAAACUUUAUUCUCACUGAUGAAGUGGACAUACGUUCUCUGCACACCACCCUCAAGAGACAAGCCGUCAGGGCCAGCAUGCGAUUGGAGGGAGUCAAAUACCUCUUACAGACUCUUGGCCAAAAAAGCCUCCUCCGCUCUGUCAAGUACAGCACCAUCUGUGGAUGGUUGGGCGUGGUCGGAGCUGGUGAAAGCCUGACAAAGCCUCACUAUCUGGCCAAUGUGGAGUGCAUUACACCCUCCCUCCAGACACACCUGGAGCUGGAGUUCCAGUGCCUGGAGGAGUGGACAGUCAACAGUCUACGCUGCUCUGUGUGGGAGGCUGACCUCUCCCUCAGGCAAACCACUGAUGAGAAAUCUGCUGCAUUUGUAGAGAGUGCUCUCUCUUUGGGCUCUCUUAGCACAUCUCGUUUCCUGCUGGCCCACCUGGCGAUGCUGACGGGAGAGCACUCGGCCGUGGAUCUGUCCUCCCUGCUCACGGGUGGUCUAAUGGGACUAGCUCAGUCUGUCAUCAGACUAGCUGGGUCUCCCCCGCCUGAUGAAGGUGAAGAAGAGGAGGAGUUUGGGGGUGACGGGGUUCAGAGUGCAGGGCAGAGUCAUUCCAACUUGUCUGGUAGAGAUGUUGUCACCAACUUCCGUAUUGGAACGAGAGUGAUACGAGGACCAGACUGGAAGUGGGGUGAUCAGGACGGCCCCACACCGAGUGAGGGAACCAUCAUCAGUGAGCUGGGUAGUGACGGGUGGAUACGAGUGCGUUGGGACACUGGGCUAAUCAACUCGUACCGUAUGGAGGAGAAAUGUGACCUCACUCUAGCAGCCUCAGAGGUCAAGCCCAUCCCCAAAGAGGGAGAUAUCAAGGACGCCCCCGCAGACGUUGACCUCAAGGUCGGCAUGGCGAGGGGGAUGGAGGCAGCUGAUGCUCCUACCUCUCUCAUCCUCCAGGCGGGGGUGUGUCUACUGCAGAGCCUGGUGGUGGGUGUGGGGGUACAUGCUGGACAGCUGCAUCCUCGCACCACCUCCUCCGUAGUGGCUCUCAUGCACCACAUUGUGCAGUGUGGGAAGAGGAAGGAGCUGAGAGCAGAGAGUCACAUGAACCAGGUGGCAGCUGUGCAGCACGAGGCGUGGGCCACCCUGGGCUUCCUGAGGGGGGUGAGCUCACUACCUCUGUCCGGACAGGCCUUCUGCACACCUCAGUGGGUACAGCUGAUGAUGGAGGUGAUAACAGGGGCAUCCCCACUCAACAAACAAGACCCUACUGGAAGAUCACUACUCAAGCAGGUGCUGACUCUGCGCUUGCUACGAGCAGUAGCCCCCUCCUGGAAGGCGGGGCAGAACAUGACUGAACAGAAGAAGCUGGUGGGUGACUUGUUCUGUCUCCUCGGAGAAGUGCUCGUCCUCUGCAACUCACCAUUCAUGAAACCUUUUAAGAAAGGUCGUUGUAUAAGGAAGUUCAAACUGCAUGCCUCUCUCACUGCCUCUGAGAGCAGUACCAUAGCCGAGGAGAUUGUGGUGUUGCUGAGGAGACUCCACCCACUUCCUGCCUGGAACCAGCUCAUCAACCAGUACAUUGGUGUAAAUUUGCAGGACAUUCCAAAACUGAUCAUGUCUGCCGAGAAAAUUUUCGUCCAAAGCACGCUGGAAAGACAGCUUGAGGAGGACGUGCGUAUCCAUGGUCCCGUACUGGCUGUCUUGACUGUGAUUGGUGGACUGGACACUCGGCCUCGGCUGGGUGGGCUGGUUCAACACGAGGAGUUGGGCAAGGGUACAAUUGCCAAGAUCGAGAGCAAGGCUCGAGUCAUUGUGCUAUUCCAUGAGAGAAAGAGCGCCAAGAUGUGCACUCUGAACUUCUUAAAACCGCUGCCUGUUCUAAGUUUCUGUGUUGACAAGUUGCCGAUGAGUCAGACCGUGAUGGGUAUCUGGAGCAGUCUGGUACGUCUGGCCAGCUCCUCCCCCUCCCACGGCUACGCUUCUGCACUCUCUGGGUCACUCUUUCAACCACCCUCCCUCACACAGACACCCAGUAAACCUUUUGUACCAGUCAAUAACUCUGACCUCAAAGAAAUACCAGGUGAGUGUAUCAACGUGCCCCUGCUGCGUCAGGAGCAGAUUCGAUUGGGUCUCUUAAAGGCAGCCAGAGUGCUCUUUAGUCAGCAGGAGAACCUCCGCCAAAUCAUGGCCCAUCCUGCCUCUUCUGAGGGGGACCAGUACAGUCUGUUCCAGCAGCUGCUCAGUGCCGCCACCAGACCCUCCCCUAUCAAGGCCAUGUUCAGCAGAGAUGAACUGGAGGCUGCAGCUGUCUCAGUGUGUCAGUUCUUGGCCUCAGAGGUCCACAAACCAGUUUUCUCCAUUCCUGAAGAGGAGGAGCCUCCACCACUUGACAGCAAGGCCCCCAAGAAGAAGGUGGUGACUAAGAAACCAGCACCCCAGAGCACAGCUGCUACAGUAUUGUCCAGGCCAGCUCCCACACCUCGACAGACGAAGCCUCCCACUCCACCUCCUCCCUCCCCCGUGGUCUCACAGAUCAUGGAGAUGGGCUUCCCAAGACGCCAUGUGGAGUACGCCAUACAGGAGAUCCAGAGCAGCAGCUUGGAGCGACUCAUAGCCUGGCUAUUGGACCACACUAAUAUAGAGGUACCGGACCUUGAGUCCAACACCAAGGAUACCCCACCACUACCACUGCCACCACCACCGGCCCAACCUCCUAUUAUCACGACAACAGAAGAGGUCAGCGAGGAGAGAGGAGAUGCUGUGAUGGUGUACGAGAGCUCAUCUGAUUCCAGUGGCAGCUCAGACCAGGGGGAGACUGACCCUGAGGCAGAUGACAAGAGCUUCAAGAGUCGUGAGGAUUUCUCCAGUGGUGAUGAGUAUGCCCGCUAUGUGAGAGACAGUAUCAGUAUGGGCAUGAUGGUGCGCUGCUGUGAGGGCUAUGAGGAGGUGCGCCUCGGGGAUAUCGGACGUGUCAUGAAGGUUGACAGUGAUGGCCUCCAAGACCUGAAUGUGCAGGCCAACUGGCAGCAGAAGGGGGGCACUUACUGGGUGAGGUUCUGUCACUGUGAGCUGCUGGGGGACAUUGAAGCCUCCGGAGUGCUCUCCUUCAAACCAGGAGACAAGGUUCGCGUCAAGAGAGCCGUCAUCACUCCAAAAUACAAGUGGGGCUCGGUGACCCAUCAGAGUGUGGGUGUGGUCCGAUCCAUCAACCGGAACGGCACUGACGUGUGUGUAGACUUCCCAGAACAGAAUAACUGGACUGGACUCAUCUCUGAGAUGGAGCUAGUGCCAGGGAUACACCCAAGACACAGAUGCAAUGGAUGUGGUAUGUUCCCGAUUGAGGGGGUCCGCUACCAUUGUCAGGUGUGUGCUGACUUUGAUUUCUGUCAGAACUGCUUCUACAAGGGACAGUCUCACAACCAUGCCUUCGAGAGGACCGAUGAUCAGGGACAAGCAGCUGUCUACGUGGGGUCACCAAGGUCACGCAAGAGGGCUCUCAAACGUAAGAAGAAGAAGAUGCGAGGUGGUUCAGUGGUGAUGGACUGGGACCAGAUUGUGCGUCACCUCUCAGUCUCUAGCAACGAGAACCAGACAUAUCGUCUCAUCGAUGGCAACCACAGCACCUACUGGCAGUCCAGUGGCCCUCAGGGCAAACACUGGGUACGACUUGAGCUCCAACGGAACAUCCUAAUUGAGCAGCUGGCAAUACAGGUUGAGCAGAGUGACAGUAGCUACAUGCCCAGUGUGGUGGCAGUGCUGGCAGGGAACAGCAUCGGAUUACUCAAGGAGAUUAAGCAAGUUUCAGUCUCCUCCACUUGCAGAGAGUGUAUCCUCGUCAGUGGACUCACUGAGUUCUACUCUAUCAUGGAGAUAGUGGUCCGGUCUUGCAAGAGUGAUGGCAUUGAUGUCAAGAUCCACGGAGUAAGUGUGAUUGGACGCGUGGACAUGAAUGAAGACGAGGUGGCGGCUAGCUUCUCCUUCCUCACUGUCGACGAAUCAGAAUCCAAAGAGAGUGGUCUAGUCCGCAAGCAACGGAGGAAGAUGGAGGGCGGGGCAGACAGUCACUCUAAUAAAGUGUUUGUGUGGGGCCUCAACGAUCGAACUCAGCUAGGCAGUGGAAACUCAGACUCUAAGGUGAAGAGUCCAUAUGAGAGCCAUGCUCUAGCCAAGCUCCACCCAAUUCAACUCGUUGGAGGCUCUAAAACUCUCUUCAUAGUCUCUCAAGAUGGGAAGGUGUAUGCCAGUGGGGAGGGCACCAAUGGCCGCCUGGGAGUGGGGGGACUGACUGAUGUAGCUGUCCCUAAGAUCAUUGGUGACCUGACAACCUAUGUUGUGAGGAAGGUGGCAGUUAGCACAGGAGGGAGACAUGCAAUGGCCCUCACUGCAGAUGGCAAAGUUUUCUCCUGGGGUGACGGAGAGUACGGGCAGCUGGGACUGGGAGACAACAAGAGUUACGAUCGUCCCAAGAUGAUCCAGAGUCUCCAAGGCAAGCACGUCAAGGAGAUAUCGUGUGGCAGCAACUACUCUGCAGCCAUUACAUCAAACGGAGAGCUGUACACGUGGGGACAGGGUGCUCAUGGGAGACUGGGUCACGGAGACAAGGCCAACCAGCCAAAGCCUAAACUGGUUCGUGAGCUUGAGAAGUUGCGUAUGGCGUGUGUGGCGUGUGGCUCUAGAGAUGCUCAAACUCUGGCUGCCACAGAGAAUGGAUCACUGUGGAGUUGGGGGGACGGUAGCUAUGGGAAACUUGGCAAGGGUGAACUCAAGGGUUCAAAGAGUCCUUCCAUGGUCAAGAACUUUACCUUAGAGGGGGGAAUAUCUCAGUUGGAGUGUGGCAGUCAGUUCUCUGUCCUGCUCACCAAGGAAGGAAAGGUGUACACAUGGGGCAAGGGUGACUACUAUCGCCUGGGCACAGACAGCACGGCUCAUGUGAGGGAGCCUCAGCUGGUGGAGUCCCUCACUAAGAAGGUGGUGCAGGUAGCAGUCGGUUCACUGCACAUUCUGGCACUCACUGAGAACGGAGAGGUGUAUGCCUGGGGGGACAAUGAACACGGACAACAAGGCAACGGUAACACCAUCAGCAAUCGUAAACCACAGCAAGUCAUACUACUCAAAGACCACCGAAUCACAAAGAUAGCAUGUGGCUCCUCUCACAGCAUAGCCUUUGCUACCGGCAUGCCUCAAAAUGCUGGAGAGUUCACUCCUAUAUCUUUCAGCACUACUCAAGACUCACUAGGCACCUCCCUCAUGAUUCGCAAGUCAACGGAAGACACACACAUACAGGAUGAACUCAAACGACCUUCACUCACAAAGAUCAUUCUCUCACUGACCACACCCUCCAAACAACAGGAGUCACUGGCACAUGUACUCACUGCACUGCAAAUUGCCUACGCCAGGGACGCUAUUGUGAGCUCGUUAGGGGGCGUGGCCAGUGCCGCCCAGGAGAGGGAGGAGGACAAGCCGACUGAUCAACAUGAUGUCGUGGAAAUUACAAGAGUCCUCCCCAUGUCCACAGAGUCUAAAACAAGUGAACUCUCGGCAGAAGUACCUAAAAAGAAAGUUCAUAUUCCGUCUGGUCUGGAUGAUUUUACGCGACUACUGACAGUGGAGGAUGCUCGGGUAAUGGUGGACCUGCUCAAACUAGCUGUGGCCAAUAGAGUGGGUGAGAAGGGCAAGGAGACACUGGGGGCUGUGCUCACGCCCAUGGGGAAGUCUAAUGCAGAGGUGGCUAGUAUGCUGAUGGAGCUGUGUAUCAGUGAGCUGGAAGACGUCUCUCGUGAGCCUCAACUCAGUGAGUCCCCUCAGCCUAUCAUCCAGGAGAGCCCUCAUCCUUACCCCGAUGAUGCCACACUAUCGAAUACGUGUCGCAUCCCAGGGGCUGAGGCUCUUAUCGUGAACUUUGACACCCGAUGUUCAACAGAGAGAAGACACGAUGUGCUGGUUAUUAAAGACGGAAGUGGGACAGUCAGCAAUGUACGCUCGGGGAGAGAGGCGGUUGAUUGGUCGCAGGAUAUUCGAAUCGUCGGUGACGAACUAUCAUGGGCAUUCAAGAGUGAUGGCUCUGUGAAUGGGUGGGGCUUCAGAUUCACUGUCCACCCCCUCAUGCCUAAGAAGUCAUCAGGAGGCAACCUUCUCUCCGAUCGGGCCCUUCAAUCACGACCGUCCAUUGAUCUCGUGACAAGUCUCCUUGAUUUCCAACUAGGUCGUAGUCGCAGUAAGGACUCCAUUAUGCGUCUUGGCUCUGCCCUUGCCUCUUGUGCUCAGAUGAACAUGCUUGAUGCCCAGCAGAGAAUGUGGGCCAUUCAACAACUGAGGAAGCUCUUCAACUCGUGUGUGAGCAAGCAGCUGUGUGUGGGGGCCAGGGGCACUUGCUGUCCACUCAAGCAACUCAAACAGUCUGGUGGUAGCAUGUCCUCAUUGAUGUCUCUGGUAAAGGGCAUGCCUGAGGCCCUCCACAAACAGUACAACUUUGAGGUAUCCCACGUCACAGGAGGGUCACAACUUCUACACAGCCCUUUCCUACAGUCUGUGGUUGGCCUGUCGAGUGAUGUGGAGCUGGACACAAUGGACUGCUGUAAGGACGUCACCAAGUGGACAUGGUUCAACCAGUACUGUCUGGCUGCUCGCAUGGCAAAGUCACUGCAGAACAGAACACCAAUCCCAGCCAAGUGCCUUCUUGAGGUGCAUGAUAGGAUUGGGUCUCUCAAGGCCUCUACUGAAGAGGAGAGCAAAGAGCAUGAAAAUCACGAGCUGUUCAAAUACGAGCACGACAAACAGCUGCUCCUGUGGAAACAGAGGUACCCGAAGGACUGGAACAUUCCUCUAACAAACACGAUAUCCAUCUACGGAUGGGGUCACAACCAUCGCGGUCAGUUGGGGGGCGUUGAGGGGAACAAAGUGAAACUCCCUCGUCUGCUAGAUAACUUCUCUGAGCUCUCACCACUCCAGCUUGUAGGGGGAGAGCAAACACUCUUUGCUGUCACAACAGAUGGAAAGGUUUACGCAUCUGGUUAUGGUGCCUAUGGUCGUCUUGGUACUGGUAGCCUGGAAAACGUAGCCAACCCGACCCUAAUCUCCUCUCUGGCUACUCGAGGGGUUGUGGUGAAGAAGCUGGCCGUUCACUCUGGAGGCAAGCAUUGUCUGGCCCUCACUGACGAGGGGGUGGUCUAUGCCUGGGGAGAGGGGGAUGAUGGGAAACUGGGACUCGGAGGAACAGUUAACUGUGACUCCCCUCAGCUGAUAGAGUCUCUGAAGGGUAAGAAGGUGGUGGAGGUGGCGUGUGGGGCCUCUCACAGUGGCUGUAUCCUUGACGAUGGCACUCUGUACACCUGGGGCAAAGGGAGAUAUGGCAGACUAGGUCACAACGAUCAUGAGCCACAGUACAGACCAAAACAGGUGAUGGCACUGAAGGGAGAGCAUGUGACAUGUCUGGCGCUGGGCAGUGGUGACGCCCAAUCCCUGUGUGGUACUCGCAGUGACCAUGUCUACUCUUGGGGGGACGGGGACUAUGGGAAGCUCGGCCGAGAUGAAAAUGGCGGCUGUAAGGUCCCCAAAAAGAUCGACUCACUUCAUGGGAAGGGGGUCAUGAAGUUGAUGUGUGGAUCUCAGUUCUCUGUUGCCCUCACCAACAAAGGCCACGUCUAUACAUGGGGCAAAGGGGACUACUUCCGUCUCGGUCAUGGCGAUGAUUCCCACCAGCGUACUCCCAAGCGUGUCCUUGGUCCUCUGGCGUACAAGAAUGUGGUUGACUUGGCGUGUGGGUCUCUGCACUGUGUGGUGUGUACAGAGGAUGGGAAAGCCUUCACCUGGGGUGACAAUGAUGAGGGACAGAUUGGCAAUGAUACCACUGUAGCCUGCAGAGAACCUCAUGAGCUCCGUAUUCCUGAUGAGGUCCACAUUGAUCAUGUGACGUGUGGCUCUGCUCACAGUGUGGCCUGGUCUUCCAUACGCCGCAAGAUAGUGUGUCAGCUGCCAGACAAGGUUCCCAUGGAGUUCAACCAUCUACAAGGCAUUUCAAUGCCUGUCCUCAGAAACCGGUUGAUCCUGUUACACCAGUUCUCACACCUCUUCUGCAAGAGUCUCGCUCUAUUUGGAGUACACGAUGGAACCUUCGAAGGAUUUGAGAAACUCAGAUGCAUUCUCCUAUCCAAUGCAAAAGAAAAUGCCUUCAAACGCGUCAUCAAGGCCACUAUGACUCAAGGCAAACAGCAUGGACCAGUCAUCGAGCUCAACCGUGUCCAAGUCAAGAGGUCACGAACGAGAGGAGGCCUGGCAGGUCCCGAGGGACUGAAUUCUGUAUUUGGUCAGAUGUGCUCCAAGUGGAGUAUUGUGGGCAGUGAAGACCUCCUCCUUCCUCACAGAAUCUGGAAGGUCAAGUUUGUAGGAGAGAGUGUCGAUGAUUGUGGAGGAGGCUACUCUGAGUCCAUCGCUGAAAUGUGUGAUGAACUCCAAAACGGAUCAGUCCCGCUACUCAUGCAGACUCCCAAUGGACGAGAUGACGCUGGAGUCAAUCGUGAUUGCUUCAUUAUUAACCCUGCCGCCAACUCUCAUAUACACACCAACAUGUUCAGAUUCCUCGGAGCUCUAAUGGGAAUCGCUGUUCGAUCCGGCUCACCAAUAAAUUUGAACCUUGCCCCGCCUGUUUGGAAACAACUUGUUGGACUUCCGCUAACCCUUGCAGACCUCUCUGAGAUCGAUAGUGACUACGUCCAAGGUUUGCUCUUCAUUAGAGACAACCCUGAAACAUUCUCCGGCAUUGAGUUCACAGCACCAAGUGCAACUGGCUACGAAGUUCGAUUACAUCACUCCUGGACUCACGUGACACCCGAAAACAGUGAAGAAUAUGUUCGUCUCUCUAUGCAUCUUCGUCUGCACGAAUAUGAUGCUCAGAUCCAAGCAAUGAGAGAAGGAAUGGCUAAAGUGAUCCCUGUUCCACUCCUCUCUCUGUUCACUGGGCCAGAACUUGAAACUAUGGUGUGUGGUAGCACCGAGAUAUCCAUACAGCUGCUCAAGUCUGUCACAACGUACAAGGGGAUUGAUGCGACGGCAUCUCUGGUUCGCUGGUUCUGGGAGGUGAUGGAAAAUUUCAAUCAAAGUGAAAGGUCUCUGUUCCUGAGGUUUGUGUGGGGACGGACGAGGCUUCCCAGAACAGCUGCCGACUUCAGAGGAAGAGAUUUCGUUCUUCAGGUUCUGGACAAAUACCACCCCCCUGACUACUACCUGCCCGAGUCCUACACUUGCUUCUUCCUUCUUAAGAUCCCACGCUACUCGUGCAAACCAGUGCUGGAGGAGAAGCUUCGCUAUGCCAUCAACUUCUGCAAGUCUAUCGACACAGAUGAUUACGCUAGAGUGGGGCUACAAGAGGGACUGGGCUUCAUGGGGGACGAAGAUGAUGAUACAGUUGCCGAGGAAUCAUAAACUAACUGUACCCUUGUUUAUGUGUGUGUGUGUUGUGUUCACAUCAUCAAGCUAAGAUUCUCUUAAUUAAAAUUUUAAUUGUUAACCCAUCCCAUCGUUGUCUUUUGUACAUGUUUGUAAAUUCAUCAUGUUUCUAAUUGUAUGCACUUUAAUACAAAGAUGUACAUGUAGUAAGAUUAACAUUGUGUUUGAAACAUAAA